AUGAAGGACAACGAGCUUCGUAUCUUGGCGAGACGUGUAGCUAUUGAGAAACACGGAACGUUUCCAGACUCGUUUUCUUCGAAGAAAUGGUCUCUUCGCUUUGUCAAGCGCCAUGGUGAUGUGAUCACUCGAAAAUGCUCUCAAAUUCUUGAUGCCAAGCGUUAUGAAAUGUCAACUGAGGAGCGUUUGCGUGACUACCACGCCAACCUGCAAGAUGCAAUGCAAGGGCUGCUUCUUGGACAGGUUUUGGAACUGUGA